AUGGCUAGUGCUAUGUGUGGUCUGGAGUGUGCGAGUUUGUUGGGGAGGGUCAGGGAAGAAUUAGAGAGGGCCACGUUGGAGAACCUGAGAUUAAAGGAAGAGUUGGCGGGAAUGAACUUAAAGGGAGAGAUGACGAGAAUAGAGGAAGAGGCAAGACAAGGAAAGCCCGUGUCUGAUGAUAACUCAGACGAGUGGAAGGUUUCUCCUCCCACCUCCCCUCUCCCUCCCACCCCCUAUCUCCCUCUCCCACCUCCCACCCCACCCCCUCCCUCCCACACUCCCCUACCUCUCCCUCCCACCACUCCUCUCCUCCCACCUCCCCCCCUCCCCUCCCACCUACCUCCCACCACCUCCCCACCCACCCCUCUCCCUCCCUUUCCCCCUCUCCCUCCCUCCUCCCACCCCACCUCCCUCCCACCACCCCCACCCUCUCCCCUCCCACCUCCACCCCUACCCUCCCCUCCACCCACCCCCCCACCCUACCCUCUCCCUCCCCCGCCACCCCUCCCUCCCCCUCCCACCUCCCCUCCCUCCACCUCCCAUACCCCUACCCUCUCCUCCCACCGCCACCCCUACCCUCCUCCACCGCCACCUACCUCUCCUCCACCUCCCCCCUACCCCUCUCCCUCCACCACCCCUCCUCCACCGCCACCCUCUCCUCCUCCCACCCCUCCCCCUUCCCCUCCACCACCCCUACCUCUCCCUCCCACCUCCCCCUCUCCCUCCCACCACCCACCUACCCCUCCACCUCCCCUACCACCCUCCCUCCCUCCUCCACCUCCCUCUCCACCUCCUCUCCCUCCACCUCCA